AUGGGUAGUGAAGGCUAUUAUGAAAUUGAAGAUUGUCUGAACAUACACACCAAUUCAAUCAAGUUAUGUAUCCUAUAUGACUUUAAUUUUUACUUUUUAGAUGAAAGCAGGCCCUGGACAUUAUGGAGUGAGUGGUCAGAAUGUUCAAGUUUUCUUGGAACGUGUGAUAGGAUGAGGAGUAGGUUAUGUUUGGAGAAGAACCCCGCGGCGUGCACAGGACAGACAUACGAACGAGAAAAUUGUGGGAAUAAUGACUGUCCAGGAUAUUGGGAGUUAUGGAGCUCUUGGGAAUCGUGUGACAAGCGUGGUCCUAUUGGUAAUCAGAAGCGGAAAAGAAUUUGCGUUGGUAAAAAUUGUCAAGGCGAAACUGUGCAAAAAAGAAAUUGCAUGUAUAGUUUUCGUGAAGCUCCAGAUUUUUUUGAUAAUUUUGUCUUACCAAGUCUCAAAUGGAAGGACCAGAGUCCAAAUGCAAGAUACAUGUUUCUUGAAACUGAUCCGCAGAGACACUUUGGACCUGAUUUUGGUCAUACAAGUAUGCACAAUUAUGAUCAAUUUGUCGCUACAUACAGUAUCCAGGAAAGUCAUCCAGGCGAUAAAGCUAUUCUUCGCAGUACACUAUUGCCUGGUUCUGCAAGAGGAAGCUGUCUCACUUUUUGGUAUCACAUGAAAGGUGCAUUAGAAGGGUUAACCUUGCAUAUGGAAAGACCAGGUACAAAUGGAAAUAAGAUUUUAUGGGAAUCAAAGCAGAGCAAUACACAAUCAUAUGGAGAUGAAUGGAAUCCAGGCCAAGUCUCUAUUGACCCUGUUCAGGGUACAUACAUGCUAACGUUUACUGCAACCAAACCUAAUGAUAAACUCCACAUUGCAAUUGAUGAUAUUGCGUUUUACAAGGAUGGAAAAUGUGAGGGAAGACAAGCUUCUGAUACAUACGGUUAGUUAUGCAUUUUUUUUAUUUAUUUUUUUUUUGUAACAGGGUUACUACUAAAAAAACUUUGAAAACUAUACAGGCAGGCACUCAUGGAAACAGUGUUUACUUAGUUUUAACUUUUAAAAAUUUGUAUACUCAAUGCCUCCAUUGUGUAGAGCUUGACACGCUCAUCAAGAAAAAUGUAUAGAUCUUUUUGACGAACGGUUACAAAGACCUUGAGGUUUAAAUGUUUUGUUUUUU